AAUGAUCGUGCCGGCCGAGACGGCCACCAGAGUCGACGUCUGCAUCGUGGAACUGUGAGGAGAGACCGAGGAGAAGAAAAUUCCGAAAGAAUUGGAUCAGAUCAACCACAGUAAACAAACAGUGGACAGGAACCGGCUGGAUGGAGGUUGCAACUGCAGGACGGACUGACGAGAGCCAAAAGCUGGAGCUGCCGCGAUAAUUUUGACGCGCGGGAUCAUUGUUGUUCCGGGGCUCGGGGUUUCUGUCCCGGUUGAGCUCUGGGGAUAGCAUCACCUCUGCCCCCUGGCCCAAGCACCACACCCACAGAGACAGAAUCCCCCCCGCGUUAUCGGUAUGGAGGGACGUGGAUUGACUCUGCGCAGCAAGCGACGGCAGCGGCCCCAGAUCAGUGCGCCACAGCCCAUCUCGGGUCCCCUGCCAGCAGGCAGCAAAGCGGCUGGUCCUGGCACCGGGGCGGCGGCGGCGGCAGCGACGACGACAGCUGCUGCUGCUGCCGCCGCCGCUGCAGCGACGACAGGGACGGCAGCACCGCCGGUGACGCAGCGGGAUCGUACACCGUCGAAUGCAGCGACUUCGGACCUGGUCAAGCGAAGGUACUCUGCCCGGUUUAACCAGACACCUGAGGUUGACGCUCCACCGGUGCCGGUACUGCCGCCCAACGCAGCCGCCUUUGGGGGGGUGGACACGGUAACGGGAAGCGACAAGAAGACGGAUGGCCCCUCCUCGCCUAUCACGGUUGAUCUCAAAGCUCUGAGAGAUCCGAGUUUGCCAGUUGAUCGCUAUGUGGCCCGUCUGCUCGCCAACGCGUCGGAAGAAGACAUCGAUGAUUACAAGGCAAGCCUGCGGAAGGUGAAGAACCGCACGUCGACCGAUCUACAACAGAAUGUCUACCAGAAUCGCACGCAGUUCAUCAAGAUCAGCAAGGAGGCCGAGAAGCUGAAGGGCGAGAUGCGGACGCUGCGGACCCUCAUGGCGGAACUCACGACGGCUCUGGGACAGACAAGCAUUGGGGACUCGCCAAACCCGAUGUCUCCGUCAGCCGAGGAUGAUUACAUACCGAAACGCAGGGCCAACCGCAGCUCUGUGGCCAAUCUGGAGAGCAUGUGGAACGCCCAGCUGCAGACCAUGUGGAAGACGGUCGAGGGCUCGCAGAAGUUCCUGCCCGCCAUACCCGGCCGUCACAUUGUCAUGGAGACCGGCAACUGGGUAGAGCUUGACUCGGCGACCUGGAAGCCCCGGCGCCGUGUGCACAUCAUCCUCCUGAAUGAUCACCUGCUGGUGGCGGUCAUCAAACGGACGAGGGUCGACCAGAACGACCAGAACAAAAACAGCCGGAGCCCCGCGUCCACCCGACUGGUAGCAGAAGAGUGCUGGCCGUUGCAGGACAUCGAUAUGAUCGACCUGGGCUCCAAUUUAGGGUCGGGAGCCUCUCGCGCCGAGGCGGAGGAUCGGGGCAUUUCCAACGCCAUCAAUGUUCGGGUCGGCAACAAGCCGUUCACCUACCGGCACGACAAGCGCGACAGCCCGGCCAAGAACGAACUGCUAGCAACCUUCCGUAAGACGGUCGAAGAUCUCCGGCGGACGAUGCGUUCCGAGACCGAGUCUGUCGGGAACCAUCUGGGCGGGCGGCAGACCUCUUCGUUUGGAUCCAAGACGAGCCUCGAGGCGGCCGAGUUGCCGCGCGACAAGUCCGAGGUGCGCAUUGACGUGGACGGCAAGCAGCAGAAUCUGCGGUGGGUAGAGGGCCAGAUCGACGAGCUAGACAUUGACAUUGCGCUGCAGCGGUUCGAAGAGGCCGCAGCGACCAUAGAGCGGCUGCGCAAGCUAGCGCGCGGCCUCAAAGGAAACACGAUCGCGCAGGACGUGAUCAUCGGGAAGGUGGAUGAGCGCGCGGCCAAGCUGGCGAGCGUGUUGAUGCGGACGCUGGUCGAAACCCACUCGUUCCCCCUGGCGACCAAGACCAACGUCGGCUGGCUCACGCGGCUGGGCUUUGAGAACCAGGCGCGCGAGGCCUAUCUCAAAGCCCGCACUGAUAUUGUCACCAAGCGAAUCAGGCAAUGCAUUUUUGAAGGCGACCUCCCGCUGUAUAUCUUCCAGAUCUCGUUCGUGUACUUCACCCUGAUCAAGAACACGAUCAGCAUCUACCAGCAAUGCUUCCCUGCCGUGAUGACCAGCGCAUGCAUCAAGUGGGCCAAGGAGCACCUCGACGGCUUCAACGCCCUGCUGAGCCGGCAGCUGAGCAGUGUGCAGCGCGGGACCAGCGUGUGGCAGAAAUGUCUGGAUAUCGUACACGAGCAUGUCUCUCUCUUGGCCGAGGUCGGGGUCGACUUUAGCGAUCUGGUAGCCAAGGAUUUGCCAACGAACUGAUACCACACUGCACUGCCCUUGCUCCACGGGCAUCUACGUUGACAUUUCCAUCGGCUCAAGUCGUCGUCACCCUCGCUUUCAUGUUCGUGUAUAUAAGAUAGCAAAUUGGCUUGGGUUUAACUACUUGCUGCCUAUAUUCAAUCGGAACUUGGUAUAUACUUUUCAUUCGUCAAUGUCGGGAUGUCAGUUUGUUGUAAUUGUAUAUAUAUUCCACAUAGCCAUCUGCUUGUGCAUCACUCCACAAUGGAAUAGUGAUUAAAAGAUCCA